AUGGCGGAGCAGCUGAUGACUUUAGCCUAUGACAACGGCAUUAAUCUCUUCGACACGGCAGAAGUCUACGCCGCCGGCAAGGCCGAGGUGGUGCUGGGGAACAUCAUCAAGAAGAAAGGGUGGAGACGGUCCAGCCUGGUGAUCACCACCAAAAUCUUCUGGGGAGGAAAGGCCGAGACGGAGAGGGGCCUGUCCCGAAAGCACAUCAUAGAAGGUAGGGAUGCUCCCCGGGCGCUGCCGGCCACGGCGCCAGGCUGUGCCCACGCCGGCUGCCUCCCGGUCCUUCCGAAGCUGUCGUCUUCCAUCGUCCACGAGAUCGAUAGCAUCCUGGGCAACAAACCCUACAGCAAGAAGGACUACAGAUCCUAA